AUGAAAUCAGAAAUUGAUAAUGAACAUGAUGAUACUGUUAUUAAAUCUAAUCCUUUUUCAGUCAUGAGCUCCCCUACACCUAGUGGCGAACAUCUGCAAAUGUUGCACCUGUUAGGUGGCGACAAUGACACCAUAGGUGAACAAACGGACAAAGUUGGAACAGAUCAAAAACACAAAGAAGAAGAUGAGGAAGAUGGAGAGAAGGAUCUUGAUUAUGAUGAUGCAGUGGAUGCUGCAGAUAGAUCCUUUUUAAACUCAUCUGAUGUUGAUGAAAUACCAAUAAAAGAAGAUAUUUCAAGUAUACCUCCUCCUCCUCCAAUAUUUAUCAACAAACGAAAAAGAAAUUUAACCGAGUCACCCCCUGCUGCUGAUUCUACAGGAAUCCAAACAAAUAUGACCAUAACUCCAGAUAAUCAACAAUUAUUCCGAAAGUUGGCAUUGGAAUCUCAUAAACUACCAAGCGAACCAGUGUCAGAUAGACGGAACAAUACUCUUACAGAUUUGAACAUCUCUGCAUCUUCAAUUAAUUCUUCCACAUUUAAAAUAAGUUUUAAUGAUUCAACUCCAUGUCCCAGUUCACCCAGACGGAAGAGAAUGAGACUCAAUUCAGGUUCUGCUACUAAAAUACAUGUUAAAGGACCCAUACUAGAUUUUUCCAAUUGUCGAAAAUCAUCGGUAUUAUAUGCAAAUAUAGAAUUGCAAAAACAGUCCCAAGAACAGCAACAACAAAUAUCAGAUAUUUCAUCGGAUCAAGAUUACUCUCAGAAUGAAUCUAUGAUGCAACGCAGUCCCAUAUCUACUCCAAUAUCUCAAUCGACUCCUGACAAUUCUAAUCCUCCAACAGAUAAAAGGAAUUCCACUCAAAGUACAACGAAACAACAAUCACAUUUUAAACCUCCAGAACAAAUGGUUGAAUAUGGUCAGCCAAUUAACGGAUACAGAUUUAUAACACCAAUCAAUAAUCAACGAUUCUUUGCAAAUCCAACAACUCCAUUAGUGUAUUCUACACAUAGUCGAGGAGGUGAAAUGGUAUCUAAUUUAAGUCUGUAUUUUAAUGAACUGCUGCAACUCGGAGAUCAAAGAAUAGCCAUUGACCCGGAUAGCACUCAGAUGAAUUCCAGCAUUAACGACACUAACGAUCACUCACAAUUAAUUAACGAUUACGAAAGCAAUGAACACGAUAACCUAAAUCCAAGAAGAAAUGAUCCUUAUCUUUCAAGCAGCAUCAUCACGAAGAACAAAAAAAAAGGAGUAGAAGUUCGUCAAGAAUACGAUCAGCUGUUUAGAUUACCUCUUCUUCAAUUAUUUAACGCUGGUGAUUAUAAUAAGCAUUUUCCACUGAAGGAGCAAAUUUGUACGUGGAUAAACGAUGGUGAAUCACUUGUUAAUUUUUAUAAUUAUGUCAAGUAUCCAGAGGAAACAAUUUUUGAACUAAUCAAAAUCGAUCGUAUCAGAUGGCAUCCGGAUAAAUGGCCCGAUUCUAAAUUGAAUCAACAUCAAUUGGAUAUGAAAAUAGUGUCUUUAUUAAGUCAAACACUAAAUUCCAUUAUUGAUGAUUUGAUAUAG